AUGUCUGCCACCCUCCCUUCAUCUGUUGACUAUGCCAUUAAUCCAAAUGGCUGGUAUGCAUUGACCGGCUCGGAGCUGGACUGGCAGCUGGAGACUCUUCCGCAACCAGGACUGAAUAAUCGCAGCCAGGACCAUUCCGCCGGGAAAGUACUGGGCGGAUGCUCAGCCAUCAACGGACUGAUCUUCGUUCCCCCAUCCCCAGCAGGAAUAGAUGCCCGGGCGAAACUGGGGAACCCAGAAUGGAACUGGGCAUCGCUGCGGCCGUAUCUCCAGAAGUCAUAUACUCUCUCCCCAUCCGGGCAGCCGGGGUCUGGUAGUGGUGGUGGUGGUGGUCAGGAAGCGGAUCGGCGCAAUUCAACAAUCAACGGCCCGAUUCAAUUAACCACGCGUCCGUAUGCGGCGACUGUUGACCCAAUCUCUGGUCUUCCCAGCAGUGCCGAAGGUGAAUACGGCACAGUCGCCUCCAGUCGACCAAACGUGACUAUCGUGACCGAUGUGACAGUGCACAGAAUUCUGUUUGACUCUGGUUCGGGGAAUAUCUCUGCAACUGGCGUGGAGGUUGAAUGGAAUGGAAGCACCGCUACGUUGAAGGCUGCCAAAGAGGUAAUCCUAGCGGCAGGCGCUUUUCACACCCCGAAACUGCUCGAGAUCUCGGGUGUGGGUGCCAAAGACCGGCUGAGUGCUUUGGGUAUUCCGGUCGUGCUGGACCACACCGGCGUGGGAGAAAAUCUGCAAAACCAUGUCAUGGGAAUCUUGCCCGUGCCACUGGCCUCCUUCGAGAAGGUUAUCCAGUCGAUCAACCAAAGCUCCGACGAAGCCUCCGCGUUCUUGCUCCUGAGUACGGCACCCGGAAACAAUGCCGUUCUAGCCAUCAUUCCCAGCUACCCAUUUUCGCGAGGAAGCACACACAUCUCAUCCGCAGACGCAGACGUCAAACCAACCAUAGACCCGCGCUUUUUCGCGCACGAUCUCGACCUCGAGAUCCUGGCCCGCCAUACCCAGAACUUGUAUCGUCUGAUCUCUGCCCCAGCUCGGCAGGACUUCCUUCAUUCAGAGUCGGCACCACCUGAUCUGGACACUAUCAGGAUGAGGCUGUGUGAGUCUAUGGCUUUCACGACGCAUCAUUCGUGCGGGACAACUUCCAUGCUUCCUCGUGAGGCUGGAGGUGUUGUUGAUCAAGAGCUCUAG